AUGGCGUAUACAAAUUCUUCUUCUCAUCGAGCUUCAUAUUCACCACGAACUUCAAAUUCACCACGGUACCAUAUACCAACACGUGACAAUGAUUAUGAACAACGAGAUGCAUCGAGGCAAAGUGGAAGACAAGGAGUUGUUUAUAAUGGUGAAUAUACUCGUUCAAUGAAUAAUUCAUCGUCAAAUCAUUAUGGACAAGAUCAUUUUUCAUGUUGGCAUUGUGAUAGAAAUUUAAGCGGAUCAAGAUAUAUACUCAAAGACGAUCAUCCAUACUGUAUUAAAUGUUAUGAAGACAGAUUUGCGAAUACAUGUGAAGAAUGUAGAAGAAAAAUUGGAACUGAUUCAAAAGAUUUAUCGUAUAAAGAUCGUCAUUGGCAUGAAAAAUGUUUUUUUUGUUCCAUGUGUAAAACUCCAUUAGUUGACAAACCAUUUGGUUGUAAAAAUGAUUUGUUAUAUUGUGGAGAAUGUUAUAAUCAACAAUUUGCAUCCAGAUGUGAUAAAUGUCAUCAAAUAUUUAAACCUGGCACAAAAAAGCUUGAAUAUAAAGGUCAACAAUUUCAUGAACAUUGUUUCACAUGUUUUUCAUGUUCUCAACCAAUUGGUACGAAAAGUUUUAUUCCAAAAGAUCAACGAAGUUAUUGUGUACCUUGCUAUGAAGAACAUUUUGCAACAAAAUGUACUCGUUGUCAAAAGGUGAUCUCUCAAGGUGGUGUGACAUACAAAAAUCAACCAUGGCAUCGUGAUUGUUUUAUGUGUACAAAUUGCAAACAAUCGUUAGCUGGUCAACGUUUUACAUCACGCGAUGAUCAUCCCUAUUGUGCUGAUUGUUUUGCAAGAUUAUUUGCCAAAAAAUGUGUUGGUGGCACGCGUUAUAUAUCAUUUGAAGAUCGUCAUUGGCAUAAUGAUUGUUUUGUUUGUCAAAAUUGUAAUAGUUCACUAGUUGGCCGUGGUUUUCUAACAGAAGGUUCGGAUAUAUUAUGUCCCGAUUGUGGUAGACAAACAACGAUAUCAAAUGCAUAUGAGCGUCGCGGAAGUGGUGUGGAUGUAUCUUAUAAAAACUAA